UGUGAGGGAUAUAAGGGGGUAAGAAAGACAAAAGAGGAGGUGUAUUUCUUCCCAGUUCACAUUUCUACUCUCUACUUUCUUCUCCUCCGCAACAUCAAAUUUCAGAACAACAACGUUGUAAUGCGAAACACAGAAAAUCCAAACUCUUCUUGUUCCUUUCUAUGUUGUUCCCCUCAUCAAAACCCUUCUCAUCUUCACUCCAAACCUCCCUCAAACGUGGAUUCACUCCCACUCCAAAUUCAAUCAACACCUUCUUCCAUUUCCUCUUCAAUCUCCGCAAAUUCAACCUAAUCAUCAACCUCUUCCAUCAAUUCACCCACAACAAACUCCCAAUCACUCCAAAAACCCAAACUUUCUUCACAUGGGCACUUCUCAACACUCACAGUUUCGAACAAGCCGAACGAUUCAUGAAGAAAAAUCCACACACCCCAUCUCGCGCGUGGGACGCGCUUAUCCGUCGUCUAUGCUCCACGCGCCAGGAAGAACCAGAAAGGGUUCUCUCAGUUCUGAAACAUUGUUUGGUAAGCCGUGGUGUUUUUAUCUCUUCCUCCGUUUUUUGUUGUGUAAUUCAAAAACUUUGUUACAUGGGUCAUGUGGGUAAGGCUAUUGAGGUUCUUGAAUUGAUGGCUGAGCAUAGAAAGGAAUACCCUUUUGAUGAUUUUGUUUGUAGUUCGGUGAUUUCGGCUUUUUGUAGGGUUGGGAAACCGGAGCUUUCGCUGUGGUUUUUCGAUAAUGUUGUGUCGUGGCGGCCGAAUUUGGUGACUUGUACUGCUAUUGUGAAUGCUCUUUGUAAGAUGGGGAGGGUUGAUGAGGUUUGUGAGUUCGUUAAGAAAAUGGAGGAAGAUGGGUUGGGUUUGGAUGUUGUUUUGUAUAGUGUUUGGGUUUGUGGGUAUGUUGAAGAAAAGGUUUUGGAUGAGGUUUUUAGGAAGAUGAGAGAGAUGGUGGAAAAGGGUAUAGAUCAUGAUUUUGUUAGUUAUACUAUACUCAUUGAUGGGUUUUCUAAGUUAGGUGAUGUUGAAAAGUCUUUUACUUUUUUGGCUAAGAUGAUUAAAGAAGGGAUUAGACCUAAUAAGGUUACUUAUACUGCAAUAAUGUCUGCGUAUUGUAAGAAGGGUAAAGUAGAGGAAGCGUUUGGGGUUUUCAAUACGAUGAAAGAUAUGGGAAUUGAGUUGGAUGAAUUCGUGUUUGUGGUUUUGAUUGAUGGAUUUGGAAGGAUGGGUGGUUUCGAUCGGGUGUUUCAACUUUUUGAUGAAAUGGAGAAGAGAGGGAUUAGUCCUAGUGUUGUUACGUAUAAUGCUGUUGUGAAGGGUUUGUCGAAGUUUGGGAGGACACAAGAGGCGGAUGAGUUUUCGAAAAAUGUGACUGCGGAUGUGAUUACGUACAGCACGUUGUUGCAUGGGUAUACAGAAGAAGAGAACAUUUUGGGGAUUUUGCAAACAAAGAAGCGGUUGGAAGAAGCUGGUAUCUCCAUGGAUGUUGUAAUGUGUAAUGUAUUGAUUAGAGCAUUGUUUAUGAUGGGGGCUUUUGAAGAUGUUUAUGCACUUUACAAAGGAAUGCCGGAAAUGGAUUUGGUUCCGAAUUCUGUUACUUAUUGCACAAUGAUUGAUGGGUAUUGCAAGGUUGGUAGAAUUGAUGAGGCGCUUGAGGUAUUUGAUGACUUCAGAAACACAUCGAUAUCUUCAAAUGAAUGCUACAAUAGUAUCAUCAAUGGCCUUUGCAAGAAGGGUAUGGUAGAAAUGGCCAUUGAAGCAUUGCUUGAACUCAAUCACAAAUGUCUCGUGUUGGAUACAGGUACAUAUAGGUUGUUGAUGAAGACAAUUUUCAAAGAAAACGAUUCAAAAAUGGUUUUAGAUUUAGUCUGCAGAAUGGAAGGUUUAGGGCCAGAUAUAUAUGAUGCAAUAUGUAAUGAUUCCAUAUAUUUAUUAUGUAAAAGAGGAUUGCUCACUGAUGCGAAUCAGUUGUGCGUUGCGAUGAAAAAGAAAGGAUUACCUGUCACAUGCAAGUCUUAUUAUUCACUUUUGAGAAGGCUUCUUUGUGUUGUUGGGAAAAAGGAGCAAAUUCUGCCCCUUCUGAAUUGCUUUCUGAAAGAGUACGGUCUAGUCGAACCAAAGGUUCAAAAGUUACUCGCACGAUACCUUUGUCUGAAAGAUGUCGAUGUCGCCCUUCAAUUUCUUAGAAAAACAGUGGACAAUUCUUCAGCAAUCACCUUUCCUGUCUCCAUUCUCAAGAUUCUCAUAAAGGAGGGUAGAGCUUUAGAUGCAUAUAAGCUUCUCAUCGGGAUUCAAGAUGAUUUACCAAUCAUGUAUGUUGAUUAUGCCAUCGUGAUCCAUGGCUUAUGCAAGGGAGGGUAUCUCAAUAAAGCGUUGGAUCUUUGUGCCUUUAUUGAAAAGAAAGGGAUGAAUUUGAACAUAGUCGUAUAUAAUUCAAUAAUAAACGGAUUGUGCCAUGAGGGUUGUCUUAUUGAAGCGUUUCGGCUAUUUGAUUCUUUAGAGAAACUUAAUUUGAUGACCUCUGAAAUAACUUACGCGACAUUAAUUUAUGCGUUAUGUAGAGAGGGAUAUUUGCCAGACGCAGAGCAUGUUUUCACGAAAAUGGUCAGUUGCGGGUUUCAACCAAAAACACAAGUUUACAAUUCGUUACUCGAUGCUAUAUCUAAGUUUGGACAAUUAGAGAAGGCGUAUGAGCUUCUUAACGAUAUGGAGAAAAAAUAUGUCGAGUUUGACAAUUUUACAGUAAGCGCUGUAAUAAAUUGCUAUUGUCAAAAGGGUGACAUGGAAGGAGGUCUUGAAUUCUAUUAUAAGUUCAAGGGAAAAGAUAUAUUACCCGAUUUUUUAGGGUUCUUGUAUUUGAUUAGAGGUCUGUGCACCAAGGGAAGGAUGGAAGAAGCAAGGAGUGUCUUGAGAGAAAUGCUCCAAUUCGAGAAUGUUACCAAGAUGAUUAAUAUUGUCAACAACGAGGUUGAUACCGAGUCAAUAAGUGAUUUUCUCGCCACUUUGUGUGAGCAAGGAAGCAUUCAAGAAGCUGUAGCAGUUCUCAAUGAAAUUGCACGCGUGUAUUUUCCUGUCCAAAAGUCUACUUAUAAUCAAGGAUCCGAUAAAUCACAGAAGAAUUAUGAAUCAAAAUGUUUUGGUUUUAAAUCUUCGACCUCUCCACCUUCAUCUUGCAAAAGUGGUUUAGAUUUUGAUUUCUAUUAUUCUCGAAUUGCUGCACUUUGCACCAAAGGGGAGUUGCAGGAUGCUAAUCAAUUAGCAAAGGAAAUGCUUUCUGACAUGGCAGAGCCUAUGAACUGAACAUUUGGAAUGAAAAAUUUGAAGGAUUUCAUUUAACAUUGAAAUGUUUCUCUUGUAGUGCCAGCAAUGAGAGCACGCAGCUGAAAUCUGCAGUUUCGAAGCAUUAAUAUUUCGAGGAGAAUUGCAAAACCAACGAAUGGAGAUUUCCCAGAUUCAAGCCAACAUAUGGAGCUUGAUGUGAAAGAGGAGAAUUUGGGGGCAGUUUCUUCUGUGCCCGAGAACGACGCCACGCUGUUAGCAUCUGUUCCGCCGCAUGAGAUAUUGACAUUGAAGCAAGAAGUUUCUAGUCCUCCAAAACCAAGUGAAAACUUGAUUUCUGCUGAAAAUGAGAAAAAUCAAGGCUUAAAUGUUGAUGUUGAAAAUUCGUGCAGCCCUUGUUGAACUAGUUAAAGAGUUUCUAAAACCAUUUUGACAUGAGGGUCGUCUCAGCAAGGAAGCACUUAUAACAACAGUUAAAAAAUCAGUUGACAAGGUUGCUAGCACUUUAGAGCCACACCAAAUUCCAACAAAUGAAGAUUCUGCUAAGCAAUAUAUUUCUUCUUGUCGGCCGAAAAUUGCAAAGUUAGUCCAUGGAUGUCAAUAAACAUGGAAAAUCUUGAUAUGCAAGCCGAAACACUUUUUUCGGCGCCGUCUCUUUGAUUGUUCCAUUCUAAAAUAAUAGUGUGAUCAUCCUUUUGGACGGAAAAUCACCAGAAAUAAAAUAGAAGAUUUGCUUGAAAUUUUAAAUUAAUAGCACGACCGCAGGUUUUGAUAGAUUUUAGUUAUGCAAUUCUUCACAGGCCUCGAGUGUAA